AUGUCUAAUGAAGAGCGAUCUCAAUAUGGAAAUCCAAUUCCAGAAGAAUUCUAUCAUUGUAUUAAUAUUGAAGAUGCCGUAUAUAGUCUUACACCAGAAAACUUAGAUCGUCUCGCUAACAUUCUUAAAGAUAAACCAGAAAGUUAUCACGAUUACGUAUAUAGGUGCAUUGCAUCAGCUACCCGUUGUCAUAUUUUCAGCAUGAAAUUAUAUGGUCAGCUGUGGUUUGCUCUUGGCUGGGAACAAAAAUACGUCAGUGAUCAUAAUUUCGAUAAAUACGUUGCCUUAAUAUCAGAAAACCCAAAAUUUUGCGAUAACCCUUCUAUAACUUUCGAAUCAACUCCUUUACGUUACGAAAGGCCUCCGAUGUGUGAUUUAUUUUUACUAAUUUUUAAGAACCAGGUCACCGAAAUACAAGAAAUCGUUAAUAAUGAUCCCAGUAUCGUCAAUAAAAUGUAUUUCUUUGAAGGAUAUAAUGUUAAUUCUGUUGAUUUCUGUGCAUUAAUAGGAAACUACUUAAUAUUCCAGUACUUUGUUAACAAAGGUGGUGAAAUUACUGAUUCAACUGUCGAAUAUGCAGUAAGAGGAGGAAAUAUCAACAUUAUUCACUUUUUAGUUCAAAAUGGCUACAUGUUAAACGACUGCGUUGAUGUUGCUAUUGAAUUUCAUCAUACAAGGAUUGCAGAAUUACUAAUUCGAAACUAUCCAAGCGAAGAAAUGAUUGCAAAAUGCUUAAAGGCAGCUUUACGAGGAUAUAAUACUCAAGGCUUAUACCUUCUGAAGAUAUUUGGUCUAGAUUUUGAUCAUGAUGACUUUUCUAAUCAAUUUGUUCCAUAUUAUGCAGCUCAAUACGGAAAUCUUGUUUUAACAAGGUAUAUGAUAGAAAAGAAUGGCUUCUUUAUUAAUAAAAUUAAUAGAUCUGGGUAUUCUGCCCUUCAUUACGCUGUCAGAUCUGAAAAUCUCGAAUUAAUAAAAUAUCUUAUCACAAAAGGAGCGAAUAUCAACAUCAGAACUGGUAUGGGAGAAAUUGUUGAACAUAAAUUUCAGCCCUGGCAGAAAGAAGAAGAAGUUUAUGAGAUAAAAUUCACAAAUAAACUUCCAUUUGUCACAAAUUACAACUUUGACCCAUAUUCUAGAUCACAAGAUAAGAAUUUUUACGAAAAAAAUGGAAUGACACCAUUAAUUCUUGCUGUUCGUGAAAGUUCUCAGUGGGUUAGUGAUUAUUUGUUAGAAAUCGGUGCAGAUCCAACAAUUAAAGAUAACAGAGGCAAUGAUUACUAUUAUUAUAUAAAUAGAAUCCAACAAUUUGCUGAAGAGGAAGAAGAUUUUUACGAUGAAAUAUCUUCUUCUUAA